UUUUUCCAACCCUAAUUCCUCUUUCCCCUUUUUUUUUCUCUCUCUCUCUCUCUCUCUACGCCCGAAGACCCACCCCCGCCCGGCAGCGCUCUUCCGUCUUCACCGUUCGCACGCUCCCGGCAGCGCAUUCUUCGCCGUUCGCAUAUCUCGACGGAACUCCGGCACCGGCGCUUUCAGCAGAAAUUUAGGUAGAUCGUACACCGCCCAACUUCCUCCCCGUCGAGCAAAACAUUUUUGUGAGUCACAGUUUCGAGCCGAUCACGAGAGCCGAAGACGAGCCGACCUUGAACACUUUCGAGCCGAUCUCGAGCUGGCUCUGGCUCGCUCGAGUUCGGCUCGUUGACGGCCGAUCUUUAGCGUACCCGCGUCUUGGAACUGCUGUAAUGCAGGCUAAUACUCUACGAUUGUAUCUAACAUGCAUUCGUAACACUCUGGAGGCUGCAAUGUGCCUACAGAAUUUCCCUUGUCAAGAAGUAGAAAGGCAUAACAAGCCAGAGGUUGAACUUAAGACAAGUCCAGAACUUCUACUAAAUCCAGUUUUGAUAUGUCGAAAUGAGGCCGAGAAGUGCUUGAUAGAAACUUCAAUUAACUCUAUCCGUAUAAGCAUGAAGGUAAAACAGGCAGAUGAGCUUGAAAACAUACUCGCAAAAAAAUUUCUUAGAUUUUUAUCAAUGAGGGCGGAGGCAUUCCAAGUUCUGAGGAGGAAACCAGUACAGGGCUAUGACAUAAGUUUCCUAAUAACAAACUACCAUUGUGAGGACAUGCACAAGCACAAGCUUAUAGAUUUUAUCGUGCAAUUUAUGGAGGACAUUGACAAGGAGAUCAGCGAGUUGAAACUAUCAGUAAACACGCGAGGCCGUCUAGUGGCGACAGAAUUUCUGAAGCAGUUUAUUUGAAGCCAUAAUGGAAUUGAAAUGUAUUGUGCGGCAUCGCACAAGUACCCCAUCGGAUAUUCCUUUUAUUUUAGUAGCUCCAGCUGAUUGUCUUCUGUGAAGAUCGCAAUAUAUUUAUUCGGCGCUUUUUUGCGCAUAUUAUUUCCUUCUUUGUUUCGCCUUUUUUAAGUAAUUUACUCAACAGUGUGCUGUUGAUUACUGGCUUGUUUACUGUUUGGAGUAAAGUAAUUCUGAAAACUUAAUUGGCAGUGAAUUUACUUUGAUAA